AUGUGGACCCAGAGGUCCCACACCCCGCUCCUGCUGCUCUCGGGGGCCCUGGUCCUGUCCAAGACCUGGGCGGGGUCAGGGUCUCACACCUUCCAGUGGAUGUAUGGCUGCGAAAUGGGGUCAGACGGGAGCUUCCUCCGCGGCUAUGACCAGUUUGCUUACGACGGCGCCGACUACAUCGCCCUGAACGAGGACCUGCGCUCCUGGACCGCGGCCAACGAGGCGGCUCAGCUCUCCCGGCGCAGAUACGAGGCUGUGGAUGAGGCGGAGGUGCAGAGGAACUACCUGGAGAGGGUGUGCAUGGAGUGGCUCCGCAGAUACCUGGAGAAAGGAAAGGACAUUCUGCAGCGCGCAGAGCCUCCAAAGGCACACGUGACCCACCACCCCGUCUCUGCCCGGGAGGUCACCCUGAGGUGCUGGGCGCUGGGCUUCUACCCUGCGGACAUCAGCCUGACCUGGCAGCGUGAUGGGGAGGAGCAGAUCCAGGACUUGGAGCUGGUGGAGACCAGGCCUGCGGGGGACGGGACCUUCCAGAAGUGGGCGGCCGUGGGGGUGCCCCCUGGAGAGGAGCAGAGAUACACGUGCCAUGUGCAUCACGAGGGGCUGCCCGAGCCCCUGACCCUGAGAUGGGAGCCGCCUCCUCAGAUCUUCAUCUUCAUCAUCAUGGGCAUCGCUGGGGGCCUGGUUCUGCUGGGAGCUGUGGCUGGAGCUGUGAUGUGGGGGAGGAGGCGCUCAGGUGGAAAAGGAGGGAGCUACGCUCAGACUGCCAGAGGUGACAGUUCCUGGGGCUCUGAUGUGCUUCUCAAGGCUUCUAAAGCGUGAGGCAUGUGCCUUGUGGGGACUGAGUAAUGAAAGAUUCGCUGAGGCCCCCACUUCUUGCCUCAAGAACCUCUGCUUAGCCCAAGCCAGUUUGGCUCAGUGGAUAGAGCGUCGGUCUACAGACUGAAAGGUCCCAGGUUCGAUUCUAGUCAAGG